AUGGCUUCAGCUCUCGGUCUGCGGGACUGCGGGAGGCCGCCCGCGGUCCCGGGGCGAGGUGGGGGGCGGGGGGGGCAGUCCCAGCCACGUGGUCGCUGCGGGCCCAAAGUCCAAGGGCAGCCGCAGGCGCGCCCCAGAGCCCGCUGGAGAGCGGGAGUGAAGAACCAGACAACUGCCCCCGCGUCGGCCACAGGCUCGACCCCGCCCCCGCCCUCGAAGGCCUGCGCGCGGCCGCCCCCCCACCCCCAACCACGGCGGCAGCACUCUGGGAACGGAUCCGAAAUCCACCAGGGGCUCGGCCCGCCCUUUUCUCGCGAGAGGUGGGAGGGGAAGCGGGUCGGAUGGGCGACGGAGAUGUCGCCAAUGAGCGAGCGGGAAGGGCGUGAUCGACGGCUUCCUCCCGGCCUCGCCCCGGCUGCGGAGGCCGCCGUCGCAGCCCGCCUCUCUCUCCCUCGCAGCCUUCCCUACCUUCCCCGCCCCGUUCUUCUCUUCCCGUCUGAGGUGGCGGCCGGCUCUCUGCUCGCCAGCUCCGUGUAG